AUGCCUACGGCUCUUGCUCAUGCUCAGGGCUAUGAACUGGUCUGGAGUGACGAGUUUGAUGGUAACCAACUCGAUACGAGCUCCUGGGAAGCCCAGACAGGGACAGGAACAGCGUACGGCUUGCCCGCAGGUUGGGGAAACAACGAGCUCCAGUACUACACCAACGGUUCCAGCAACAUUGUCGUAUCAAACGGCACGCUGAAAAUCAUCGCGCGUCAGCAGAGCUUUGGUGGUCAGCCGUACACAUCGGCGAGACUUCGCACGCAAGGAAUGCGUGACUUCCUGUAUGGUCGAAUCGAAGGACGCAUGAAGCUCCCUUCAACCUCUGGAGUAUGGCCCGCGUUCUGGAUGCUCCCCACCAACUCACCGUAUGGAGGAUGGGCAUCAUCCGGCGAGAUCGACAUCAUGGAGUCGAUCAACACAGCAGACUCAAUGCACGGCACCAUCCACUACGGCAAUAACUGGCCCAACAACCAAUCCAACGGCGGAUCGUUGAACAACGGCAUCGAUUACUCCGACGACUUCCAUGUCUUCUCGAUCGAAUGGGAACCGGAUCAGAUCCGUUGGUAUAUCGACGGGCAACAGUACCACAGCGUCAACAGCAAUGAAUGGUUCUCCUCAGCAGCGCCUGGGAAUGUUCGCGCGCCGUUUGAUACACAGUUUCACCUCCUUCUUAAUGUCGCCGUAGGAGGAAACUGGCCCGGAAACCCGAACGGGUCCGCGAGCUACCCACAAACGCUCGAAGUCGAUUAUGUGCGUGUAUACCAGCAGAUCCAAGGCCCGUUCGGCGAUCAACCCGCUGAGAUUCCAGGACGCAUCGAAGCCGAAGACUUUGAUAACGGAUUCAACGGUCAGAGCUACCAAGACUGCGACGAAAGCAACAACGGCGGCGCCUAUCGAUCCACUGGAGUGGACAUCGAAGAAUCCACUGAAGGUGGAUUUAAUGUCGGCUGGAUCUGUGAAAACGAGUGGCUCGAGUACACCGUCGAUGUACAGACCGCCGGCACUUACGAUGUCACCGCACGCGUCGCAUCACUCAACUCCUUCGGCGCAUUCCACCUUGAGAGCAACGGCGAAGACAUCAGCGAACCAGUAGUGUUCUUCUCGUCAGGAGGGUGGCAGAACUGGAUCGAUGUCACCACACAAGUCGAGCUCAACGAAGGCAUUCAGAUCAUCCGCUUUGUCAACGAUGGCGAUUCGAGCACAGAGUACAACCUCAACGCGUUGACUUUCAAUCUCGCAAGCAGCGGCAUGUGCAACGACGCGGAUUUCGCUGAGCCGUUUGAACAACUCAACUUCCUCGAUGUCUCCGCAUUCUUAACUCUCUUUGCAGAGGGGAACCUGAGUGCAGACCUCACAGAAGAUGGAAACCUGAACUUCCUCGAUGUUUCAGAAUUCCUGACUGUGUUCGGAAGCGGCUGCCCGUAA